AUGAGGGCCCUUGGAAUCGUGUUGCUCUUGGUGGCCGCCGCUGCAGGCCAGCAGAAGCGCGAGGCUGAACCUUCCGGGGGAUACGGACACGGGAUCGGCCAUGGCUUCGGCUUAGGCUUCGGCGUUGGCCACGGUCAUGGCAUCGGCCAUGGAUUUGGCAUCGGCCACGGCCACGGUAUUGGCUUUGGUCACGGGCACGGUCAUCAUGGACAUGGGCACACGGUUGUUACUGAAGUGGUCCAUGGGGGAUAUGGCCAUGGUCAUGGAAUCGGACUCGGACACGGCAUCGGUCACGGCUUUGGUCACGGACAUGGAAUAGGCUUUGGCCAUGGGCACGGCGUCGGCUUUGGCCAUGGGCACGGCUUUGGUCUUGGUCACGGAAUCGGACUUGGCCACGGUUUCGGACACGGUUACGGCCACGGCAUCUACAAGCGCGAAGCCAAAGCCGAACCCGAAGCCAAGGCCGACCCGAAGGCAGAACCCGGCUUUUCCCACGGCUUUGGAGGCCACGGCUUUGGAGGCCACGGCUUCGGCUUUGGCGGUCAUGGUUUCGGUGGCCAUGGAAUCGGACAUGGUGGGAUUGGCUUAGGUCAUGGCUUCGGCCACGGAUUCGGUCACGGCAUUGGCCAUGGCCACGGAUUCGGUCACGGGAUCGGACAUGGCCACGGUCACACCGUCAGCCAUGAAGUUGUUCAUGUUGGACAUGGCCACGGCCAUGGGCAUGGAUUUGGCCACGGCCACGGAUUUGGCCAUGGGAUCGGGCUUGGUCAUGGGUUUGGACAUGGCCACGGGUAUGGACACGGUCACGAAGUACACGUAAUCGACCACGGCCAUGGAUUCGGUCACGGGAUCGGCCAUGGAUUCGGACAUGGAAUCGGCCAUGGAUUCGGACACGGGAUUGGCCAUGGAUUCGGUCAUGGUUUUGGCCAUGGAGGAUAUGGCCACCAUUAGCCAAAGGCCCAGAAUGUUUCUUGGGUAUCCUGAUUGUACAUACAAAGGAUAUUGUAAUAAAGUAU